CCAUUUUGUUCAGUGACAUCUUGGUCGCCAUCUCUUUUAGUCGUCUUUGUGGUCACUUUCUCUGUUAAUUCCUUUUUAGUACUUUGAUUUUUUUUGCGAUUUCAUGGUGCUGCCUAGUGCAUUGAAUUUGGAUAUCAGUUCCAUUUUCUCUAACGGCCCAAGUAUUCGGAGCCAUAAACUUCAAGCUUUCAAUACUCGAUCGCUAAGAGAUUCCAUCCUUACCGUGUGUAAAGCUUGUGAAGAGAAAAUGGCAGCCAUACCACCAUCCGCUUUCUCAGCCGCUCGAAUUCGAGAAACUCAGCGAGACAUGAAAGUUUCCAACAUUAAAAAAGGAGUGGAACCUAUAAAGUUUUUCAAUACUAAAUUAAUGGAGCUGACGCCACUCAAAUACAACAGCAAGUUAAUGAAUAGCAUUUGGGGGUUUUAUAACCGCUAUUCACCGCACAAUGUUAAGAAAGUCAAUGAUGCCUUUACUUUCAAUCCGGAAUUACAGCAAUCUGCUGCUAAUUCCACUAACAAGAACGAAGCUAAGAUUACAUUGCCACCUUCAAAGCUGGAUAAUGUAUGGCCUACUAUUAAUGUUUCUCAAUCACAUUAAUAUGAACAUUUGGUAUUUUCAAUAUAUGUUGUUUAAUAUCUAAUAAUUGUACAAUAAAAGCUUUAUACCUUAAAGAGCA